GAAAAAUAUCCAAAGGCUUGGAGCACAGGGGAAGGCCUGAGAACUGGGCCUUCAAACGGAAAUAAUAAAUGAAUGAACAGCCGGGUGAGGUAAACCGGUCCUCCUGCCAACCCAGAUAACUUAAGUGAGGAUUUGGCGCUCCGAGAGCCUUCCUUCCUUCCAAGCAAUAUCAUGGCUGAACCGGAUUAUAUAGAUGAAGACAAUCCUGAGCUAAUUAGACCUCAGAAACUAAUUAAUCCUGUGAAAUCAUCCCGGAACCAUCAAGACCUUCACAGGGAACUCCGCAUGAAUCAGAAAAGGGGUCUUGCUCCUCAGAAUAAACCAGAGCUGCAAAAGGUGAUGGAAAGACGGAAACGAGACCAAGUGAUCAAACAACAGAAAGAGGAGGAGGCUCAAAAGAAGAAAUCGGAUUUGGAAAUAGAGCUACUUAAACGGCAGCAGAAACUGGAACAGCUUGAACUUGAAAAACAGAAGUUCCAGGAAGAGCAGGAGAACGCGCCGGAAUUCGUCAAAGUGAAAGGAAAUUUGAGGAGGACUGCUCAAGAAGCAGCAGAAGCCCAGAGCUCUUAGAAGAGGAGCCACGGUCGGGACUCGGUGCUUUUCCCUCUGGGGCUGCCUGGAGAGGCUCCUUCAACAGGGUCGUCUCUCCAAUUUCUGUGGAGGAAGAGAAUCGGCACCUGCGCAUAAAAUGUACUCAAUACAAGGUCAGUUUCUGGAGCACCGUGUGGACUGCAAGUUUGACUGAUACAAAUUCGCCAACAAAGCUGCGGUGACCAGCCGUUGAACAAGCAACCUGCCGCCAGUGGAAAGAGCUCCCCAAAGUGGGGGCCAAGAAAAUAAAUUGGACUUGUUGCAUUGCUUGUUUAUUUCUGAUCCAAGUUUAGUGGGGAUCUCAGGCUAGCGCGCGCAUGAGUGUGUGUGUGUGUGUGAUGCCCCCCUCAUUUUUACUUUGUGAAAUUCUGCUAUGCAGAAAAAUAAAACAUUCUGAAACCAUG